CUCCGAGACGAGAUGAAUCUCCUAUACCGGAAAACCAAGAUGGAAUGGAAACAUCGUGAAGAUGAAUCAAAGAAAAAACUCCAUGUAGGCAGACCACAGGACACAAAUUGAGAUUAAGAAUUUAAUUCAAAGUCUAUUGAUGAACUUGGCAAUACAAAAGAAAGUCUACCUUUUGAUUUAAAAAAAACUCCCAUAAAACAAGCAUUUAGGUAGAACAUAGAGCAGUACAAUACAGGAACAGGCCUUUGGCCCACGAUUGUGAAUGUGAUGCCAAAUUGUUAAUCUCUUCUGUGAGCCCAUGGUCCAUAUUCCUCUUUUCCUUGCUUAUUCAUGUGUCUAUCCAAAAGAUCAUUCAUUAACCCAAUGCAGACAUCAGAGGAGAAAUGGCAGGUGGAGCUUAAUUCUGGCAAUCAAAACGUGUUCCUCACAACUCCUUUGAGCUUUCCCUCUUGCCUUGCAUGCAUACCUUGUAUUAUUAUACAGUUCACCUCAUGGGGAGAGAGAGAGAGAUUCUGAUUGUCCAUCCUAUCUACACCUCCCAUAAUUUAUAAACUUGUAUGAGGUCUCCUUUCCAGAGAAAACAACCCUAGUUUGUCUAGCCUCUCCUUAUGGCUCAUACUGUCUAAUGCAGGCAGCAUCCUGGUAAACCUCUUCUGUAUCCUCCGCAAAGCUUCCACAUCCUUCCUGGCAACCAGAUUUGAACACAGUACUCAAGUGCGGCCUAACCAAAGUUUUAUAAAGCUGCGUCAUCACUUUCCUCACUUGUGUACUGCAUGCCGUGUCCAACAAAGAAAGCAUGUCAUAUGACUUCUCUACCACCCUAUCUACUUUCAGGGAACAGUGGACUAGGAUCUCAAGAUCCCUCUAUGUCAAUGAAGUUCAGCAUCCUGCCAUCAACUGUAUAUUUUCCUUCAACAUUUGAUCUCCCAAAGUGCAGCAUCUUACACUUGCCAAAAUUAAAUUCCACCUGUCAUUUCUCCUCCCAUGUCUAAAACUGAUCUAUAUCCUGCUGUAUCCUUUGAGAACCUUCUACGCUACCCACAGCUCCCCUGAGAUUUGUGCCAUCGGCAAACUUACUAACCCACCCAUCUACAUUUUCAUCUAAAUGAUUUGUGUAGAUCACAAACAAGAGGUCCUAAUAUGGAGCAGAACACUACGAGUCACAGCCCUCCAGCCAGAAGAACACCCUUUCCCCCACUACACACACACUUCUGUGAACAAGCCAAAUCUGAUCCGAAAUGGCCAAGUGACUGUGGAUCCCAUACAUCUUAAUCUUCUGGGUGAACCUACCAUGAGGAACCUUGUUGAAAGCUUUGGUAAAAUCCAUAUAAAUUCAUCCAUUGUAGUACUUCUCAAUCACCCUCUUCACCUCAAAGAGGUAGUAGCCUGGAGUUGCCAAUGAAGGGUGAACUUAUGGAUACUACAUUCUAAUCACAAAAGCUUGUAAAAUCAGUCAUGCGGCACUGAUUGACUGACUGGUGGUAGCCACCAGGCUUAUGUUAGCAGGUAGAACGAAAUAGUGCUGAGUAUUUUGUUUAGACAUUGCAGACAAUAUUUGCAACUUUCUGAAUGGUAAGACAUUCAAAUGCCUUUAAUUUGACAGUUUCCUAGCAGUUCUGUUAACAACUGCUUUGAUAGUUCCAAUAGGUUUAUACUCCUGUCUGUUUCUUUACGAUUCUAAAGGAUAUUUCACCUCUCCAAAGAACUCCACUUCAGAUGACCUCCAACCAGUCAAAAACUCAGGUCUUGAACAUUGCACUAGCAGUGAGAUUAGCCUCAGGCCACUGUACUUUGACAUAUACAAUUCCAACCUUGAGUUGUGGAUGUGCAAUUUAGAGCACUCCUUUGUAUGGGGUUUUGAGACCUAUCUAGGCUAACACUCCCGAAUCAGGACUGAGGAGUUACUGCACUGUCAAAGGCACCAUUUUUCAGAGUGUAAUGCUGCGUCCAAUCAGGUCUCCUGGUUGAACAAAAGGCCCACAAUCUCCUUUAUAGCUUAGUCAAUAUUCAUUCCUCAACAAACUGCACUUAACAAAGCAGAGUAUCUAGUCAUAACCAUGUUGUUGUUUGUGCUAUCUGGCUUGCAUUAAUCCAACAUUCUCCUGGCUUUACUGCUUUGCAAACUUCAACUCAUGCAGAACAGUAACCUCCAUCCUACCAAGUACCUCAGCCCCUGUGCUCGAUGACCUUCACUGACUCCUGUUCUGUAAACAGUUCAGGAAAAAGCUUUGCUUUCCUUUGUUUAACCUACUUAUGAUUCUCUCAAUGUCUUUCCCCUAUCCCUCUUUCCGCUUCCUUCCCUGUCUUUCUCUCCUUUUAUUUCUCUCUUUUCUUGUUCCUAACCUCCUCCCUCCUGUCUUUCCUCUCUCUUUCUCCUCUGUCAUUCUUUCCAUCUCUUCCCUUUCUCUCCAUGUCCCUCUUGCUACUUCCACCCCCUCCUCCUGGCCUGUCUGUCUCUCUUUCCUUUGCCCCAUCCCCCACCCCCUCCUCCUUUUCUCCUCUUCCCGACCAAGUGUCUGCAAGGAUGGGGGACUGGGAAGGGUGCGGGAUCUCGCCUCCUUCCGCAAGCACUUCCGAAUGGGUUUCAUGACCAUGCCAGCCUCCCAGGAGCAUGGGCCACACCCAUGUGCCAGUGGAAUGACCACCCGCUCUCUGUCACUUCACUCAGUGGGCAGUGUGGAGAAUGGCGAACACUCCUGUACCAGAAAACCUCCAAGCAAGCCCAGGCGCCAUCCCAGCACCAAGCUCAGCCUGUGCCCUGAGGGCAGGAGCAGCAGCGGGGACGAAGGACUCGGAUCAAAGGGCGAGAAAGUGAUGCAGAGGCCAGGCGUCGAGGCAGGAGACAGCGGGCGGAGGAUCCCACCCCUGAAGCCGAAGCGGAGCCCCAACACCCAGCUCUCCAUGUCCUUCGACGAAGCCUCUGCUGGCAGGGCCUCCCUCCCUGUGACAUCCGGGCUCAGGUACACUCCACCUGCUGAGCCUCCCUGCGGCUCGGAGGAAGAGGUGGCGGGCGAGGAGGAGGAGGGUGAGGAGGAGCCAGUCUACAUUGAGAUGGUCGGAGAUGUUUUCAAAGAGCAGAGUGCAGCUGAUGAAGAUUCAGACCAUAGUGAGGCCAUCUACGAGGAAAUGAAGUACCCUUUACCCGAAGAUGCCACACGGGAAGCAAAGUGGAGCAAGUUUGUCUUCCCGAAAUCCCAAACAAGCAGGGGUUUGAGCCAAGGGGGUCCCAAGGCUCCUCACCAGGCUGACUCCAGAAGCUCACCCCAUGACAUUCCUCCCCCUUUUCCAAACCUUCUCCUGCAUCGUCCACCUCUCUUGGCCUUCCCUCAGUCCGCCUCCCAGAAGGCCUACAAGGCUCCCUUUGCCCUCACUGUUGCCAGCCAGCCUGGCUCCAAGCUCCCUGUCCUGCAACAUGGCGACUCAGCCCCCACCCCAGGAGAUGCCCAAUCUGCUGGGCAGCCGAUUCCCAGAAUGCAGAAGGAGGAUGGGCUGCAUCAGGGUGUCAUGGUGCCCUCAGGGAGGGCGAGAAGCCACUCAACGCCCCUUCCCCCACAGGCAUCUGGUCAGCACCGUCCUGAGAAGGAGCUGCCCACAUCCCAUACCAUGAAGGCUUUGGCCCAGUCAGCGUUAGCAGGCCGUCAGACCCAUGUUUAUCAGAAGGCUGAGAGGGACAAGCCCCCGUCACUCAGUGUCAUCUGCUCCUCUGUGAAAGUCACCACCCACUCACUGGUCACCCAGGCCUCUGGUGACCAGAAGGUGGAAAAAGAACUCUCAAGUGUACAAAGUGUAUUCUGCUCCAUUAGUAAAGCCAGCACCCCUUCCCGGCCUCUGUCCAGCCUCUACAAGAUGCCAGUGGCGCAUGGGCUACUGGAGCACCCUAGCCUGCCUGGCCCAGGCUCCCUAGUGUGGCCUUACCUCCCACUGGCUUGCAAACGCCCUCCAGCCUAUGACAGUCUCAAACCUGGCUCAGCCCAGAGGGUCUGCCCCGCUGUCUACCAUGCAACGGUGAAGACCCAAGGACAAGACAGAGCCCCAGCCUUCACCAACAUCUGCUGUCCACGUUCAGUCACCAACCCAGAGGCACGGAGCCCCCCUGGGGAGGCUAGUGCGGGACACGGUUGGCAGCGAAAUCUGCCUUGCAGCAGGAAGGCACAGGACCCAGAAGGCAGUGCCCCUGGCAGGAGUGGAACCAACGAAUCCAUGGACAAGGAGGAGAAGGCUUUGGCAAUACCACUGAAAACUCAGGGAGCAGAGGGCUGUACAAUCAAGGGGUCCUCACGAUCAGGGCUGCCCCAACCCUGCCCGAUGACUUGCCAACGGAGUGUAGACUCCGCACUCAGCCAUCGCCUUGGUCGUUCAGCCUCCACCUCAGGUGUACGUCACCCUCUUGCUCAUCUGCAGCGACAGUGCAGUCAAUCCCGAGACUCCCCGAGCCAGGGACUUCAGCAGCAGGCGCUACGCGAGAAGGAUGGGAAGCUCCUGGAGGUAAUCGAGCAUAAACGGUGCCUGUGCAAGGAGAUCAAAGCACGACGAAGACCGGAAAGGAGUCUAUGCAAACAGGACAGUAUGCCUAUCCUCCCAAGCUGGAAGAAAGGCUCGGAUUCUCGGAAAACUGGGACGCCUCCGUGCCAACGACAACACACUGUCCUCUGGGACACGGCGAUUUGACAGUGCCCGUUUCUUCCUUCUGCCCUUACCCCCACCCCAAACCCAGGAGCAAAGGGCAAGCCUGUUGGCCUGCAACCUUUGAACUCCAAAGACUCAAUCUUUGGGCUUGUAGGCCAUCAGGUCUCAGCACAGGACCUGAAGUAGCCCUGAUUGUAAAACGCUUGGGGAAACCCCCUGACGACAAGCCCACCCCCACAAUUCAAUCACUCCCACCCCUUGCUUCAUCAAUUCUCAGUCCCUUGCCCCUGUUCCUUCCAUUGACCCCUUCAUUGUUUCCUAUACUCUGAAACAGAAUGAGCCUUCAGAAAACAUUCAUCAGUCAGCAAAUAAAGUCCAGGCUAACAGAGGCCCGAUAAAUGAUCUCUGCCUCAUGUCACGCUGAACUAACCAAUCAAUCAUGAACAAAACAGUGCAAGCAAAUGGUGGAAAGCAUGCCCAUUGACCAGCCAGCUUGUGGUCACCCAUAGCGGGUGAAGAUCGGCCUUCACUGGUGCUCAGUGUUUGACAUGUUGUUUUGCUAUUGGGUCAAACAUUAAGCGCAAGAGCCUUGGUUGUUCAUUGAUGACCGAAGCACUGGAGAGCUACAGAAGAUAGCAAGGCCAGCCCCUCUGUUAGGGACAACAUGUUGCUGACUCUGGCCCAACCCACACAGGAAAAAAACACUCCAAUGAUCUCGCCAUCCCUAUCUCCUUCCUCCCCCACCCCACAACCACCCUGCCAAUUGAAAAUCCAGAAUGGUCCAAACCCUUACCCCUGCAUCCCACAAUACCCAAGUGUCUGUAGUGACUCAGGCCUGUCACUGACUUGGGCAAGUUUGGCAGCUGAAAUAGUAUCAAAUGUGAGGUGUGCAUGAGAACUGGACAUCAAGUAAUAGUGAGAGCAGCGAAUACAAGGGGGUAAGAUCAGAUGUCAUGGUGCCAACGGGAGGAGGGCUGGACAUGGGGUGCCACCAUCUAGUCAGAGAAUGAGAGAGAGAGAGAGAGAGAAAAAGAAAGAAGAGUGACUCCCUCCAAUCAAUAGCCGCUUCAGCCAGUGUUGUACAUUCCAAAACAUAAUGGUGAUCAUGGGAAACAGAGGAAUUAACAAUCACUGAUAGAGAAUCUUCUGUCCAAAAUUCACCUCCCUCAGGGAAAGAAAAGGUUUUGGAAGAUGAAGUGGAGAAAUAAUGCCACGGUAGGCAAUGUCCUGGGAGUGGGGCGGUGUAGAGGGAGUAUUAGUUUAAGCAUGGAGGAAGUUUUAUUCUAUUUAACCCAUGCUAUACUUGUCCUGGGAAUGUUUGAGGAUACUAUCAAAGAAGCUUUCAAAAAAAAAGAGGAAUCUUUAACUAACUCAGUGCUAUUCAUGUCUUGGCAGUGUUUGAUGAGAGUAUUUACAAAUUCUGUGAGGAAGCACGUGUUCUUGUCCUCAGUCAGCAAGGCAGCUUUUGCUGUCAUGGGGGACAGAGUUGUGAAGCAGUUGGCCUUGGUAAUCAAGGCAAUAAUGAAUGAAAUCCACCUGGGUGUCCAGUCUGUUAUACUAUCCUGUCAACCCUGACCGCUUGCUCCAUUGUCGUGUGUGUGAGCUGCUUUAGCCAAGGCACAAUUGACACUGAUGCACUGGGGCCAGGACAUUUGGGAAUCCAUCCUACCUCGUGGCCCAAUCUUCAGGGAUUGGUCAAAGCUGCUUUAAUGUAAAUGUUAUCUUUUGUUUCUUGCUCUCGGCCUUUCAAGUGUCUGUCUAAUCUGCCACGUGUUUAUCUGUCUUACCAUUAGAAUCUCUUUUUUUUUCCCUGUCUAUGUAUGCAGCUGUCUGUGUCAAUAUGUGGUUGUUUCUGUCUUCCUGAGAGUUGAAGUCUGACUGUAUGAAGCAUCCACCCAUGAGUUUGUUUGACUCUGGCCAUCUAUGUGCACCUGUCUAUCUCUGCCCAUCACUCUGUGUAUCUGUGUCUUUUUCAGUCUGUCCAAUUAUGUACCUACAUGCAUAUGCUUCUCUCCAUUUAAUUAGUGACCAUAACAGUGAUUGCCAGCUGCUCUAAAAUCUACUUGGUUCACUAACUGCCCUUUAGAGAGGGAAAUUUGCUGUCCUUACCUGGUCAGGCUUAUAUGUAACUCCAUCGCAAUGAGGUUGGCUCUUGAUGCCCUCUGAACUGGCUGAGCGAGGCAGUUAAGGAAGGGCAACGAAUGCUGGCAGUGCCCAGCAACAUCCACAUCCCAUCAAGGAGUUAAUACAGCGUGUAACUAAUGUCCUAUCAGAUGAUGAAUACAUGUGCAUCAAGGUGCUGGAGAAGCGUGACCCCAGAUAAAAAGCCCACCUGUCCUGGGCAUGUCUCAGACGUGAACUGGGCUGGUCCCAGGCUGAGUGAACUUUGCCCUUGCUUCACCGCCUCUAGUACAUUAGGACAUCACUACGCUGCUGAUCUGUGACUUUUCAAAUAAAACAGAACCAGCCAACCUAUUCAUUGCCCAAUAAUUUACUGCUGUGUUUACCCCAAGCCCUGGUUGCUGAAUACCAUCUGACAUUUGACUGGACAUUUUAUUAAAUUACAGUGAAGUUUUGAGCUCCCCGUUUCUGUAGGUCAGACCUUAGUUGGGUGAGUGGUUCCCAUCAUUGCUUGCCUCCCUGAACUGGUGCACUCAUUCAACCCGUCUUUAUCUCUGCCAGCUAUUCUACAUGAGAUGGUGCAACUAGUCCCAUCUGGUCAUCUAUGCUUUGCAUUCAUUAGCAACAGCAAACCCACAGGUUUAUUCUGCUACAGCCCUAAUCCUAAAUGUCACAUGUUUGCUGGUGCUGGUCCAUACUUGCCUUAUAUAUCUCCAUCUUGAGAUCCAGAAUGAGCAGUGCAUUCAUUUCCAAUGGUUGUUCUUUAAACUGGUUAUCUCCUCUAGCAGGCCAACUGUAACCUCACAGGUUAAUUCCUGGUGAGACAGUGGAAACUAGCAGAGCAGUUAUAGUGGGUACAAAUGUUUGGCAGACAGAUGUUCUAAUCCUGACAUGGCACCCAGAUGGGGGUGAUUUAAAUUUGAUUUAGUAAGUAAAUAUCCAGCAUAAAUAGCUAAGGCUCAGUGAGCAUGAAACUACCACCUUGUCCCAAAAAACCCUGAAUGUGGGUUAAUCUCCUUCACCUGCAGGGAAAUCUGCCUUUACCCAGUCUAGCCGAAUUGUGACUCCAGAGCCAUAACAAUUUGACUGACACUUAACAUCUAAAGUGCCAUUCAAUCAGGGAACCUUCUCAAUUGUGUAUAGGAUUUAGAACAUGAAGUGUUGGCCUUUAUCAUUGAUGCCUGUAUUCUCCAGCAUUAAAGGUAUUGGCUAACUCUACAUUGUUACCAAGCUGGUUCCUAAAGCCCCAAUUCAGCGUGGUCCUGACUGAGGCCUUUCAGGGUUCAAACCUUACGUUUCACAGUUCUCCUGUCCCUCUAAAAUCCUUGAGACUUCUUAAGUGUCUCCUCCCUCCCCUUCUCUCUGUUUCUCUCUCUCUCAGACCAGGAAGACACCAUCUUCAGGUGUAGUUAUGAAGGUUAAUUAUCAGUAUUUGAGAUGUCAAUAAGAACCCUGGGCUAGAGGGCGACUAGAUCAGUGAGAUGUGAUAACAAAAUGAUGGGUAACUUGCUAGUAUUAGGUAAUAGGAAGAGGUUGAGAUCUCUUUUAUAACAGGUUCCAAUUUUCCAAUAUCUCACGUCUGCACCAACCAAAGACAACUGCAUUAUUUAAAUAUAUAUAUAUAUAUCUGUAUAUACAAAAUGUAUUUACAUGUGAAUACUUAUAGAGCCAGCGUCUGUCUGGCAACAAACAGAAUAUUCUUCUCCUCACUUUACGUCCACCUCAGCUCUUCCCUCAUCAAGGGUUGGAGUUCUCCUGCCAACACCUCUCACUUUUUAAUAAUCCAAACUUGAAUCCUGUGUUUGGAAGCCAUCAGGAAUCAUUGUGUUCCCCAUUGGGUCUAGUUGGUAAAUCUGUGGAUUAUGAACUGUGGUGUUUAUCAACUCUAGCUGUUGGUAUUUCCCUGCCACAAGCAGUUGGCUAAUACUUGGGGUUCAUGGGGAAAAGAUAGGAAACUAAUUGGUGCUGGGGAGGGGGUGGUUGAGAUUGAGGGCGAAGAGAAUGAGAAAACCCAGUGGGGGUGUAGAUACAGUGGUAGUCAUCUAGAUCUACUCAAUCAUGACAGAUGAAUAAAUAUGACUGAAGGGGAAUGGAUGCAUUUUAUCUGAAGUAUAUCAUUACCUCCCAUCUCCAUCUGGUGGGGAGAGGGGGCUACAAAUCUGGUGUCAAGUGGGAAAAAAGUAAGAUCCCUAUACCUGGAGCACCCCUCGCCUUGGUCUACUCCAGCCUGUGAAUAGAUCUUUUACAUUGUUCACCCAGAGAAAAAUACUUUAGUUGGCCAACAGGUUUGGUCUUGGUUCUGUUGCUAAGCAACCCUUUCUGAACUAAAUAAGAAUUUUAAAAAAUCUGUCGAGCUGUAUCAUAUAGAACCUCAACAAGAAAAAAAUCAUGUAGCCGAUGAACUUUUGAGUAGAGUUUUAAUGAUUGUGGUUGCAAAACGAAAAUUGUAUGUGACAAACUUAUACAGUCAUUCCAAUUAUUUAUUUUUAAUUUAUUCUCAUAUAAAUGGAG